UGUGGCAGUAAAUCGGGGCGAGUGGGGAACCGGGCGCAGGAACUGUCGCCGCAGCCGGGAGUGGUGCUGCCCGGACGGGGGCCCACGGAGGUCAGAGGGACGGAGGACUCUGGAGCUGACAGCGCGCACUUCACUCGCAGUUGUUCUAGCGACUGCAAAGAUAGCUCGCUGAGCUGGAACCCCACAGAUCACCAACAAAAAUGAAGGCGGCGGAUGAGCCUGCCUACCUGACAGUGGGAACUGAUGUCAGUGCCAAGUACCGAGGUGCCUUCUGUGAGGCAAAGAUUAAGACUGUGAAAAGGCUGGUGAAAGUUAAGGUACUCCUGAAACAGGAUAAUACCACACAAUUGGUACAAGAUGACCAAGUAAAGGGUCCUUUAAGAGUGGGAGCUAUUGUUGAAACAAGGACAUCUGAUGGAUCUUUUCAGGAAGCUAUUAUCAGCAAGUUGACAGAUGCUAGUUGGUAUACCGUGGUGUUUGAUGAUGGUGAUGAGCGAACAUUGAGACGUACCUCGCUUUGUCUGAAAGGAGAGAGACAUUUUGCAGAGAGUGAGACACUUGACCAGCUUCCAUUAACAAAUCCAGAGCAUUUUGGAACGCCAGUAAUUGCAAAGAAGACAAACAGAGGAAGGAGGUCUUCUCUUCCUGUUACCGAAGAUGAAAAGGAAGAAGAAAGUAGUGAAGAAGAAGAUGAAGACAAGCGACGUCUCAAUGAUGAGCUACUAGGAAAAGUUGUAAGUGUGGUGUCUACAACUGAGAGGACUGAAUGGUAUCCUGCUUUGGUAGUAUCUCCCAGCUGUAAUGAUGAUAUCACAGUGAAAAAGGAUCAGUGUUUAGUUCGAUCAUUUAUUGAUUCUAAAUUUUACUCUAUAGCAAGAAAGGACAUUAAAGAAGUAGACAUUCUCAGUCUACCAGAAUCUGAACUCUCCACUAAACCAGGGCUUCAGAAAGCAGGCAUCUUCUUAAAAACUAGAGUUGUUCCUGAUAAUUGGAAAAUGGAUAUAAGUGAAAUCCUUGAGUCAUCCAGUAGUGAUGAUGAAGAUGGUCCAGUUGAAGAAAAUGAUGAAGAGAAGGAAAAGGAGGCCAAAAAGGCAGAAGAAGAGGUGCCUGAGGAAGAACUUGAUCCUGAAGAGAGGGACAACUUCCUCCAGCAGCUUUAUAAGUUUAUGGAAGACAGAGGUACUCCAAUCAACAAACCACCUGUUUUGGGCUAUAAAGAUCUCAAUCUUUUCAAACUCUUCAGACUGGUUUAUCAUCAGGGUGGAUGUGACAAUAUUGAUAGUGGUGCUGUAUGGAAGCAAAUUUAUAUGGACCUUGGCAUUCCUAUUUUGAAUUCAGCUGCUUCCUACAAUGUAAAAACUGCUUAUAGAAAGUAUCUCUAUGGUUUUGAGGAGUACUGCCGUUCGGCAAAUAUUCAAUUCAGAACUAUUCAUCACCAUGAACCAAAAGUAAAAGAGGAAAAAAAAGACUUAGAAGAAUCAAUGGAAGAGGCUCUUAAAUUAGAUCAAGAAAUGCCUUUAACAGAAGUGAAGAGUGAACCUGAGGAAAAUAUUGAUUCAGACAGUGAAAGCGAAAGAGAAGAGAUAGAAUUAAAGUCUCCGAGGGGACGAAGGAGAAUUGCUCGAGAUGUAAAUUCUAUUAAAAAGGAAAUUGAAGAAGAGAAAACAGAAGACAAAUUAAAAGAUAACGAUACAGAAAAUAAGGAUGUAGAUGAUGACUAUGAAGCUGCAGAGAAAAAGGAAAAUGACCUACUAAUGGGGAGAAAAAAUACACCAAAGCAAAAAGAGAAGAAAAUUAAAAAACAGGAGGAUUCUGACAAAGACUCAGAUGAAGAGGAAGAGAAAAGCCAAGAGAGGGAAGAAACUGAAAGCAAAUGUGACUCCGAAGGAGAGGAAGAUGAGGAAGACAUGGAACCCUGCUUAACAGGAACCAAAGUGAAAGUAAAAUAUGGACGAGGGAAGACUCAGAAAAUUUAUGAAGCCAGUAUUAAAAGCACUGAAAUUGAUGAUGGAGAAGUUUUAUAUUUGGUACAUUACUAUGGAUGGAAUGUCAGGUAUGAUGAGUGGGUGAAGGCUGACAGAAUAAUCUGGCCUUUGGACAAAGGUGGACCAAAGAAAAAACAGAAGAAAAAAGCUAAAAAUAAAGAAGAUAGUGAAAAGGACGAAAAGAGGGAUGAGGAGAGGCAGAAGUCAAAACGGGGACGACCUCCUUUAAAAUCAACCCUUUCAUCAAACAUGCCGUAUGGCUUAUCUAAGACAGCAAACAGUGAAGGAAAAUCAGGUACCAGAAGUGCUCGCAGCAAUAUACCAGACAGCUCACCUCUGUCAAAUGGAAUGGAAGACUCUUGUUCAUCUGAUAGUGACACAGAAGAUGCUUUAGAAAAGAAUUUAAUAAAUGAAGAACUUUCUCUUAAAGAUGAACUAGAAAAAAAUGAAAAUUUCAAUGAUGAUAAACUAGAUGAUGAAAAGCCAAAGAUUUCUGCACAUAUAUUAAAAGAAAAUGAUAGGACUCAAAUGCAGUCUUUAGAAACCCUGAAGUUAGAAGUUGGAGAGAAUGAACAAAUAGUACAGAUUUUUGGAAACAAAAUGGAACAAGCAGAAGAAGUUAAGAAAGAGGCUGAAAAAUCUCCAAAAGGAAAGGGAAGACGAAGCAAGACAAAAGAUCUUCCUUUAGAAAUUAUAAAGAUUACAUCAUUUGGCCAGAAUGAAGCAGGAAGUGAACCUCAUAUAGAAGUUCAUAGUCUUGAAUUUUCUUCAUUAGACAGUAAAAACUUUACUUCUGCUACAGAAGAUGAAAUUGACCAAUGUGUGAAGGAAAAGAAGUUGAAACGGAAAAUACUAGGACAAUCAUCACCAGAGAAAAAAAUAAGAAUGGAGAAUGGAAUGGAAAUGACAAAUAGUGUAUCUCAAGAAAGGACCAGUGAUUGUAUUGGAUCUGAGGGAAUAAAAAACUUAAAUUUUGAACAGCACUUUGAAAGAGAAAAUGAGGGAAUGCCAUCAUUGAUAGCAGAGUCAAACCAAUGCAUCCAACAACUGACUAGUGAAAGAUUUGAUAGUGCAGCUGAAGAAACUGUAAAUACUCCACUAAAAGAAGAUGAGGAUGCAAUGCCUCUGAUUGGGCCUGAAACCUUGGUUUGCCAUGAAGUAGAUUUGGAUGAUUUGGAUGAAAAGGAUAAGACCAGCAUUGAGGAUGUAGCAGUUGAAAGCUCUGAGUCUAACUCUCUUGUUUCUAUUCCACCUGCCCUUCCUCCUGUAGUCCAACAUAACUUUUCAGUAGCUUCACCACUUACUCUUAGUCAAGAUGAGUCUCGAAGCGUAAAAAGUGAGAGUGACAUAACGAUUGAAGUUGAUAGUAUUGCUGAAGAAUCUCAAGAAGGUCUCUGUGAGAGGGAAUCAGCAAAUGGAUUUGAAACCAGCGUUGCGUCUGGUACCUGUAGUAUAAUUGUACAAGAGAGAGAGAGCAGAGAGAAGGGUCAGAAAAGGCCAAGUGAUGGAACUAGUGGAUUAAUGGCAAAAAAACAAAAGCGUACCCCAAAGCGAACAAGUGCUGCAGCCAAAAAUGAAAAGAAUGGAACAGGACAAAGCAGUGAUAGUGAAGAUCUUCCUGUCCUAGACAAUUCAAGUAAAUGUACCCCAGUAAAACAUCUUAAUGUAUCUAAGCCACAGAAACUUGCACGAUCUCCUGCAAGAAUAUCCCCACACAUCAAAGAUGGAGAGAAAGAUAAACACAGAGAAAAACAUCCGAAUUCAUCCCCUAGGACGUAUAAGUGGAGCUUUCAACUCAAUGAAUUAGAUAAUAUGAACAGUACAGAGAAAAUCUCAUUUCUCCAAGAAAAACUACAAGAAAUCAGAAAAUACUAUAUGUCUUUGAAGUCUGAAGUUGCAACCAUAGACAGGAGGAGAAAAAGAUUAAAAAAGAAAGACAGGGAAGUGUCUCAUGCAGGAGCCUCCAUGUCAUCUGCUUCAUCAGACACUGGAAUGAGUCCUUCGUCAUCAUCUCCCCCACAAAAUGUACUUGCUGUAGAAUGCAGGUGAUAAACGUUUUCUCUGUCUUCCCAGCAGUUUGCUGCCACGGACAUAAAUCCCCAAACCCUGAAUUACAACCACAGAAAGCACUCAACUGGUUUGACAUUGCUAAGUAUCUCCUGUAUACUUUUCCAGGCUGGAUUGUAUCUAUUCCCCUCUCUCUUCUUUUUUCUUGUUGCAAAAAAUAAGCAGAUAAGUGAAGAUUAAGCAGCCUGCCAUAUUUGUCAUAAUUUUCCUCUUUACUUUUUUUUUUUUCACUUGUGAUAUAGAAAAAAGGGCACUUAGCAAAUUUGUAUUUGUAAAAUAAAGCUUUCAGGUGUUAUAGAAAUCAUAGACAAGCAAGUGCACAUGAUAAACAUCAAAAUAUUACCCGGCUGAAUAGUUACUGCUGCACUUUCACUAAGAUGUAUUUGAACACUUGGUGAGUAGGGGGUUUAUGUUGUGGUUUUUUUUUUUCCAUUAUUGUUGUUUUUUUUUUUAUUUUUGUGGAAGCACUUGCUAUUUAGAACUGCCAAAGUAUAUGUUCAGCAGUGUGCCCAAGAUUAAAGGUGUAAAUGGGACAAAAUAAAUUGUGAAAGGAAGUGUAGUUGACUGAAAACUACAGUUGUAAUAAGUCUUCCACUUUUUAUAGGAUUUUUGAGCACACAAUUAUGCAAAUAUUUUAAUGUUUAUUAAUGUUUACAGUGGAAUUGUGAAUAAGUUUUCAGUGGACUAUCUUAUCCCUUGACAAAAAUAUUUUGUCUUUUUUCUAUGUAAUUUCAGAGUUUUUAUUUUGUUACAAAAAGACAAAAAUGAAAUAUAUAACAACAAUGAAGUUAUUUAACAAGAUUUCUAAAGCUGAAAAUUUUGUGUAAAAUAUGGUAUUAUCUUGCAACUUGUUAAAUAUAUUUAUUCAGACAUUGGAUGUUGUAUUUUUAUGUAUUUUUUAAAAUAUUAAUAAAAUUGAAAAAAAGAAAAUUCUAGGUUAAUUCACUCUUUGGAUGACAAUAGCUCUCAGCUGUCCUUUUUACAGGAGGUUGCAUCCUGCAGCCUUGCCUGUGUUGGAGUCUGUCUCAGUCUGUCAAACAGUAUAGAACUAUAAAUGGGCAUCUGGAUCAUUAAAGUAUGUCCUUGUUUAGAAACUUUGGCAGUCCUAGUAUUUAAACUGUUUUGAGAAUCAAAUUUUUGGUUGCCCUUAAGAUACUUUGUCACAGUUUUUAUGUUUGCUAUACUGCCGAAUGAAUUUAUAUCUCCCAAAGUUGAGAUGCAACAACUAAGUAAAGCAACUAUGUAUGCUUUGUCUGUGAAUUGUUCCACAGACUGAUACAUUUUGUAAAUAAUUCUUCCAAAAUCAUGUAUUUAAAGCAGUUUUGCAUAUACAUUAUGUAAAAAGGUGAUUUUUUAAAAGCAAUUUUUAAAUUCAUGUUUGUACAUUGAAAGGGGUUUUUUUUUAAACCUCCUCUUCUGUGUUUAAUAUGCUAUAGAAUAAUAACCUAGAUGCUCUAGACUGUAUAUCAGGAUCUGAUUUACAAGAUGAAGUCAGAGCUAAACACUAGUGAUGGCAUAGCAUUACUGAAAUCAUUGUUUCUUAAUUUCAUUUUACCACAUUGUGAACUUGUGCUUCAGAUUCCUUCCAUUUUCUCAGAGAAUUAAAAACAAAAAAAGUACUCUUGUAAAAUGCACUUUUCUGUCUUUUCUUUGCAAAGCAGAAGUAUUUCAAUGUAAAAUAAAAAUGGAGCUCAGCGGGCAGUAUUAAUAAAGGCCAUGUUUUAAACAUAGGCUUUAUAUUUUUAGUUUUCAUUUAAAUGAUUGCUUUUUUCCUAAGUGCUUGUAACUUACAGUUGAAAAAUCAGAUUUCACAAAACCAAGUAUUUGAGUAUACUUUUCAGCCUUUACAAUAAAAUAUUUCUACUAAUUAUAAAAAUGAAAAAAAAAUGUGUCAUUUAAAUCCAGUUGGACUUAAGAGGCAACUUUAGAUUUAUACAUUAGAUAUUUUAAUGAUUUCCUGCUGUAGCAAUUCAAUAAAUGUGAAAUAAAUAAAUUAUUAGUUUGAGUACUGUCCCUUCUAAUUGAUACAAAUUUGGUCAUGAAGUAUUGGGAUGUUGCUACAGAGAACAAAACUGUAUAUUCAUUGAAUUGAUAAACACUGUUAAAAUCCUUUUGUCUGGAGGUUAGAAAGGAUUGUGAAAUGAAGUGAAUAUUGAUUGGAUGUGUAUUUCAAAUAUUGAGCAUAUUUUGAGUUUGGCUAAACUUUGAAUAGAUACCUCUCAUAUAUGACUAAGAAAGUAAAAAUACACACCAGGCAUGGUGGGUCAUGCCUGUAAUCGCAGCAUUUUGGGAGGCUGAGGCAGGCAGAUCGCAAGUCAAGACAUGGAAACCAUCCUGGCCAACACGGUGAAACCCUGUCUCUACUAAAAAUACAAAAAUUAGCCGGGCACGGUGGCAUGCACUUGUAGUCCUAGCUACUUGAGAGGCUGAGGCAGGAGAAUCACUUGAAACCGGGAAGUGGAGGUUGCAUUGAGCCAAGAUUGCGCUACUGCACUCCAGCUUGGUGACAGAGCGAGAGUCUUUCUCAAAAAAAAGAAAAUUAUAAAGACACUCUUUAAUGGUAUAAUGGAAAUUGCCAUCUAUAAAAUCAAGUUAUUUAAAAGAUUAUAGAGGUUUCUGUUUUAAUAUUGCAUUGCGUGCUUUUAUUUAAAAUUUAUUUAUUCAAUUUUUGAGACAGGGUCUUGUUCUGUCACCUAGGCUGGAGUGCAGUGAUGUAAACAUGGCUCACUUCAGCCUCGACCUCCUGGGCUCAAGAUCCUCUCACCUCUGCCUCCUGAGUAGCUGGGACUACAGGCAUGUGCCACUACACCUGGCUAAUUUUUAAUUUGUUGUAGAGACAGGGUCUUGCUAUGUUGCUGAGGCUGGUCUUGAACUCCUGGGCUCAAGCGAUCCUUCUGCCUUGGUCUUUCAAAGUGUGAGGAUUAUAAGCAUGAGUCACUGUACCCAGCUGGCCAUUAUGUGCUUUUAUUGUUUUUUUAUGUUAAAUUUCUAGUUUUCCUCUUUCAUUAAGAAAGAUGGUGCACUUAGCACAUUAAAAGACUAUUACAUACUAUGCCUUCUAUGAAAUUGCUUUAAAUUGUGAAAAUCUAUAUGGAUUGCCCAAUUAAUUUGCUUGUACACCUUUCUUAUAAGCCCUGUGUUUUAACAGCUAUCAAAAUUGUGAAAGCAUUCAAAGCUAUAUUCAACCAUAUAUAAAAACUAUUAAUAUAAUUUAUUAAUUACUGAUUUAUUGAGUAUCUUCUAUGUGCCAAGCAUAAGCUUAAGGCCCAGGAGCCACAACAGUGAACAAGACAGAAAAAAAGUCCUUUGCUUCAUGGAAUGUAUAAUCAUGGUAUAGUAAUGUGGUAGAUGUUAAACAGUUAACUCAUGUAAUUAUUAUUUUUUAUUACAGUCUGUGCUUAUUCGAACUCGUGUAAUUCUUAAGUACAGGCACAAUAGGCAUAUGAAGUUAUGGUGUCCCUUGAGAUAGUGAUACAGAGCCCACUAGUUUGAGGGCAAGGGUGGUCUGGGAAGGCUUUGCAGAGAAAGCAACAGUAAAACUGAAGACCAGUGAAGAUUAUGAAUUGGCUAGGGAAGAAGGAGAGAGAUGGAGAGUAUAGUGUUCCAAGCACAUGGAGGAGGGGAGAUGGGUAGAAAUGAUCCAGGUAAUGAGCCAGGGCAAGAGUAGAUCUGAUGCAGGAUCCAAGUCAGUCAGGGCCAGUCAGAUACUGCUCAAACCUUGAACCUGCCCAUUUGUCCCUUUUGCUCCUGUUUGCCUACUAGUCUGAGCCCUACUUGUCCGGAGCUGUCUCAACAGCCACUUUUCCAUGAAGCUUUUGCUGACUUCUCACUACCACCAGAAUAGUGCCCUCUUUUAUACUGUGAUAGCUUUUUAAUCUGUGUUAUUUUACUUGACAAUUUACCUUAUGUUUACUUGUGCAUGUGAGUUUCUGCCAUACUAGAUGAUUCAGUUCUUAAGUGCUCCUAAGUCAUAGAAGUGUAAGUAAAAAGCCAGAUAUUUGUUUUGUUUUUUAAUAGAGACAGGGUUUCACUAAAUGAAUGGUCAGUCUGGUCUCGAACUCUUAACCUCAAAUAAUCCACCCACCUUGGCCACCCAAAGUGCUGAGAUUACAGGCAUGAGCUACCUAAAGCCAGACAUUUAAAAAAGGUGUUUAGUGUGUUUUUUCUUUGUUUUUGUUAUUUUGAGAUAGUGUCUUUAGGUUUCACUACUGUCACCCAGGCUGGAGUGCAGGGGCACAAUCAUGGCUCACUACAUACUCUAUUUCCCUGGCUCAGGUGAUUUGCCCACCUCAACCUCCAAAGUAGCUGGGACUACAGGCAUUCACCACUCUGCCUGGUUAAUUUUUUUAUAUUUUUAGUAGGGAUGGGAUUUUGCCAUGAUGCCCAGGCUAGUCUUUGAAUUCCUGGGUUCAAGUGAUCCACCUGCCUUGGCCUUCCAAAGUGCUGGGAUUACAGGUGUGAGCCAUUGUGCCAGCCAAGGUUCUUUUCUCAAAAAAGUAAUAAUGUUAAAAUAUCAUUUGAAAAGUGUUAAAGUAGACUUGUUUAACACUCUCAUUUAAAAAUAUUCCUAAAUCCCAGCACUUUGGGAGGCUGAGGCGGGUGGAUCACGAGGUCAAGAAAUCGAGACCAUCCUGGUCAACAUGGUGAAACCCCGUCUCUACUAAAAAUACAAAAAUUAGCUGGGCAUGGUGGCGCGUGCCUGUAAUCCCAGCUGCUCAGGAGGCUGAGGCAGGAGAAUUGCCUGAACCUAGGAGGCGGAAUUUGUGGUGAGCCAAGAUUGCGCCAUUGCACUCCAGCCUGGGUAACAAGAGUGGAACUCCGUCUCAAGAAAAAAAAAAAAAAAAUUCCUAAAUUGAUGAGCUGUUUUUCCUUCUCCUUGUUUGUUUUUCCCUCUCCCAUUACUUUCAUGUGGUUACACAAAGAUUUUUAUCACAUUAAGGGAAGAAUACAAUAAGUGAUGACAUCCAUUAUUAGUGAAGGUUGGAUGAUUCUUAGAAUGGAGUUUGUCCUAAUGAGGAAUUUGUAACAAUGCAUGCUUAAUGUUUUUAUAUAAAUUUUUUAGUCAUUUAAAUCUUAUUACAAAAUCAAAUGAUGUUUUCCAUAUUGGUAAGCACAGAAAAACUUCUUUUAUUCAUGUAGAUCCAUUACGUUAUCUCAUUAAGUAGGUAAGGGCAGUGUUUAUAAUUUUGGUAUUUGUAGUUAACAUAAUUAUGAAGCUAUCUUCAUUUUGUAAUCUAUGUAGAAUACAUGUUGAAAAGUUCUGUGAAAAGCUUAAGGAACUUCCUCGUAGAUUUAAUAAAUGAUUAUUCUGUACAAGUAAUUGGAUUUCUUCUCUAAAGGCUAAAUUACAUAAACAAGACAAUCUGAUUCAAGAGUCUCAUCAGUGUAGGGUUGCCAGAAUGAGCAAAUAAAAAUACGGGGUACCCAGUUAAAUGUGAAUUUCAGAUAAUAGAUAAUUUCUUCAUAUAAGGACAUUCCAUGUAAAAAUGGUUGUUUAUUAAAGCUUAUACUUAAGCUGUGUGCAGUGGCUCACACCUGUAAUCCCAGCAUUUUGGGAGGCUGAGGUGGCUGGAUCACUUGAGGUCAGUAAUUCAGGACCAGUCUGGCCAACAUGGUAAAACUCUUGUCUCUACAAAAAAUAUAAAAAUUAACAGGGUGUGAUGGUGCAUGCAUUCCUAGCUACUUGGGAGGCUAAGGCGGGAGGAUUGCUUGAACCUGGGAUGCAGAGGUUGCAGUUAGCCAAGAUUGUGUAACUGCACUCCACUAAGGCAAUAGAGCAAGACUGCAUCUCAGAAAAAACAAAAACCUCACACUGAACUGAGUGUCCUGUAUUUUAUCUGUAAACUCUAUACUAGUUGACCUUAUGCAAUACUAUACAGUGAUUAAAAUGAAUGGACUGCAGCUAAAUGUAUCAAAAUGGCUCAAAUUUCAAAAACAAACAAGUAGAAAAACAUAUUAUCUGUAAAGAACUUUUUUGGUCCCAGAUGGAGGGUAACAAAUUGCUCAGGUUUCUCUUGGUUUCCAGGGAUGAAUGUACAUGGGCAGCCCAUCAGUGAUUUUUUUUUUCAAUAAGUUUUUGGGAACAGGUGAUGUUUGGUUAUAUGAAUAAGUUUAGUGGUGAUUUCUGAGAUUUUGGUGCACCCAUCACCUGAGCAGUUACACUGUACCCAGUGUAUAGUCUUUUUUUCCUUCAUCCCCCUCCCACCCCUUCUCCUAAGUCCCCAAAGUCCAAUGUAUCAUUCUUAUGCCUUUGCAUCCUCAUAGCUUAGCUACCACUUAUGAUUGAGAACAUAUAAUGUUUGGUUUCCCAUUCCUGAGUUGCUUCACUUAGAAUAAUAGUUUCCAGGCUUGGUGCAGUGGCUCACAUCUGUAAUCCCAGCACUGUGAGAGGCCGAGGCAGGCCAAUCACCUGAGAUCAGGAGUUUGAGACCAGCCUGGUCAAAAUGGUAAAAUCCAGUCUCUACUAAAAUUAUAAAAAUUAGCCAGGCGUGGUGAUGCAUGCCAGUAAUCCCAGCUACCUGGGAGGCUGAGGGGAGAAAAUCACUUGAACCCAGGAGGCAGACAUUGCAGUAAGCCAAGAUCACACCACUACACUCCAGCCUGGAUGAUUUUUGAGCAAGACUAUGUCUCAAAAAAAAGGUUAAUAUUCUCCAAUUCCAUCCAAGUUGCUGCAAAUGCCAUUAUUUCAUUCCUUUUUAUGGCUGAGUAGUAUUCCAUGGUGUGUGUGUGUGUGUGUGUGUGUGUGUGUACCACAGUUUCUUUGUCCACUAGUUGAUAGGCAUUUGGGCUGGUUGCAUAUUUUUGCCGUUGUGCAUUGUGCUGCUAUAAACGUGCAUGUGCAAGUAUAUUUUUCAUGUAAUGACUUUUUUCCUCUGAUACGCAGUAGUGGGAUUGCUGGAUCAAAUAAUAGUUCUACUUCUAGUUCUUUAAGGAAUCUCUACACUGUUUUCCGUAGUGGUUGUACAUUUACAUUUCCACCAAUAGUGUGAAAGUGUCCCCUGUUCACAUCCUCGCCAACAUCUAUUUUUUUAUUUGUUGAUUAUGGCUAUUCUUGCAGGAGUAAGGUGGUAUCACAUUGAGGUUUUGAUUUGCAUUUCCCUGAACAUUAAUGAUGUUGAGUAUUUUUUCAUGUUUGUUGGACAUCUGUAUUCUUCUUUUGAGAACUGUCUAUUUAUCUCCUUUGCCCACUUUUUAAUGGAAUUUUUUCUUGCUGAUUUGUCUGACUUUCUUAUAGAUUCUGGAUAUUAGUCCUUUGUUGAAUGUAUAAAUUGGUGUUUUCUCCCACUCUGGGUUGUGUGUUAACUCAGCUGAUUGUUUCUUUUGCUGUGCAGAAGCUUUUUAGUUCAAUUAUUAGUAAGUUCCAUCUGUCUGUUUUGGUUGCAUUUGCUUUUGGGUUCUUGGUCAUGAAGUCUUUGCCUAUGCCAAGGGUUUUUCCGGUGUCAUCUUCUAGAGUUUUUAUGGUCUCACAUCUUAGAUUUAAGUCCUUGAUCACCUCGGGUUGAUUUUUGCAUAAGGUAAAAGAUGAGGAUCCAGUUUCAUACUUAUACAUGUGACUUGCGAAUUAUCCCAGCACCAUUCGUUGAACAGGAUGUCCUAUCCCUGCUUCUUUUGUUUGCUUUGUUGAAGAUCAGUUGGCUCUAAGUGUUUGGCUUUAUUUCUGGGUUCUCUAUUCUGUUCCCUUGGUGCCUGUUUUUAUACCAGAACCAUGCUGUUUUUGUUGACUAUGGCCUUAUAGUAUAGUUUGAAAUCAGGCAAUGUGAUGCCUCCGCCAUAUUUUUUCUUUUUGCUUAGUCUUGCUUUGACUAUGCCAGCUACUUUUUGGUUCCACGUGAAUUUUAGGAUGGCUUUUUCUAGUUCUGUAAAGAAUGAUAGUAUUUUGAUGGGAAUUGCAUUGAAUUUGUAUAUUGCUUUGGCAGUAUGGUCAUUUUUACAAUAUUGAUUCUACCCAUGUAAAAGCUUGGGAUGUGUUUCCAUUUUUGUUGUCUAUAAUUUCUUUUUGCAGUGUAGUUUUCCUUAUAGAGGUCUUUCACCUCCUUGGUUAGGUGUAUUCUUAAGUUUUUUGUUUUUUGAUUUUUUUUUUUGGCAGCUAUUGUAAAAGGGGUUGAGUUCUUAAUCUGAUUCUCAGCUUGGUUGCUGCUGGUGUAUAGCAGAGCUACUGAUGUGUGUACAUUAGUUUUGUAUCCUGAAACUUUGCCAAAUUCAUUUAUCAAUUCUAGGAGCUUUAUAGAGAAUUUUUAAGGUUUUCCAGAAUAUAAUCAUAUUAUCAGCAAACAGCAACAGUCUGACUUCCUCUUUACCAAUUUAGAUUCCCCCAUCAGUGUUUUCUUUAAAUUAACUAUUUCCUUGAUGUGGUCAUUAUCUCCAGGAUUCGCCCAAUAUGUACUAUGAUAGCUAACUUUUAACAGGAUAGUUCUAAAUGCACUUAGAUUUUUCUAGGAGUGUUCUUUAGAUGGGGCACCUUUCCCACCAAGUGGUAACUGCCUUCAGGAGUUCUCCUCUUUCUUCCUUAUCCAGACUUGGUCUCUAAUAGAAACAUAAAUUAAAUCUCACUAAACCUAUCUAUGACCAGACGUUUAAUAAUUGUGAAUAAAUCCAGAAUAAAUAUUCAUAUAUAGCUUUUUGUGUGAAUAUAAUGUUUUCAGUUCUCUUGAGUAAAUACCUAGAAAUAAGAUUGCUGGAUUGUGUGACUACCAUCUUGCAUUCCCUCUAGCAAUAUACACGAUUUUAAGUGCCUAUUAUCAGGAAAAUGGAUAUAUAAGCUGUGGCAUAUGAACAAAAUGAAGUACUAUAGAGCGAUUAAAAUGAAUGGACUAUAGCUAAAUGUAGCAACAUGGCUCAAAUUUCAAAAACAAACAAGUAGAAAAAGCAACUUGGCAAAUCAUGCUUAAAAUAUUUAUACAAAAUUUGAAUAUUCAAAACAAUACAAUAUAUUGGUUUUGUAUAUGUCAUCAUGAAUAUAAGAACAUGAGGCUGAGGCAGGCGGAUCAUGAGGUCAGGAGUUUGAGACCAGCCUGGCCAACAUGGUGAAACCCCAUCUCUACUAAAAAUACAAAAUUUGGCGGGGCAUGGUGGCACGUGUCUUUAAUCCCAGCUACUUGGGAGGCUGAGGCAGGAGAAUUGCUUGAACUUGGGAGGCAGAGGUUGAAGUGAGUUGAGAGCACGCUGUGGCACUACAGCCUGGGCAACAAGAGCAAUACUCAAAAAAAAAGAACAUGAGUAGGAAUGAAGAACACCAAAUUCAGGAUAGUGGUUUUCUCUGGAAAACGGGAAAAGGCAUGAGGAGGGUAUACAGAGGCAUUUAUUCCUCCCUCUAAAAGAAGCUAAAGCAAAUAUGACCAAAUGCUAUGAUUUGAUAAGUUGAAUAUUGAUCAUAUUUUCUCUAUUUGCUAUGUUAAAAUGUGUUUAAAAUUUUUUUUAAAUACCCAAUGAACUAUUUCAAAAUAAGAUGAACAUAAUUGGUAGAGUGCUCUAUUAGUGAAUUACGGUCCAUUUAUCAUUCAUACUAUUUCUUUUCUUUUUUUUUUGAGACAGAGUCUUGCUCUGUCGCCAGGCUGGAGUGCAGUGGUGCAAUCCUGCUCACUGCAACCUCCACCUCCUGGGUUCAAGCCAUUCUUCUGCCUCAGCCUCCCGAGUAGCUAGGACUGUAAGUACACGCCACCAUAUCCAGCUAAUUUUUAUAUUUUAGUAGAGACAAGGUUUCACCAUGUUGGCCAAAAUGGUCUCAAUCUCUUGACCUCAUGAUCCACCCACCUAGGCCUCCCAAGUGCUAGGAUUACAGGCGUGAGCCACCAUUCGCAGCCCAUACUAUUUCAACUGUAUGAAAGAAGCAGUUACUUUGACACAUGACAAAACAGGUUCCAAAUGCUCAAGAGAAGUUUCAAGGAGGUGUCAAAAUUAGGACUCAAACCCAUUUCUUCUGAUUCCCAGGUCUAGCUUUUCCAUUAUGUCAGUACUGUCUUAAGCUUCUGCUCCCUGGAAACACUGGUUACAUUCUUACAAAUACUCAGUUCUUGAGUGAGGAAUCUUUAUGAAUCAGAACACUGGCAAGUCGCAAUUUUGAGGGGCAGGAGAAAUUGCCAACUUAUCUUUUACUGUCUUGUCACUUUCCGUUUAUUUCUCCUUUCAAAAUCUGUCACAAGGUAAAAUUUGGUGACUCCAAAACUUGCCUGAGAAGGAUCAAAUUUAGACAAGGUUUUUAUUCCCCUGCCCCCAUAAUAUUCCAAAUAAUCCCUUUAAUUACUGAACUAGUUUUUUGUCUGAACAAAAUCCUUUAUUUACAUUAUAGACCAUCUGCCAUUUUUAAUAGCUUCUGAAACUUAUAAAUAAUACUUACAGAAAAGUUAUAUCAAAAUGAGUUAAAACUAAAAAUUAUUAAGUAAUAAGAAAUAACUACUGUUAACAUUUUGUUGCAUACACUUGCAUGUCUUUUGCUAUGUGUAUAAAAAUAUUAAACAGGCCAGGCACGGUGGCUCACGCCUAUAAUCCCAGCACUUUGGGAGGCCAAGGCAGGUGGAUCACGAGGUCAAGAGAUCGAAACCAUCCUGGUCAACAAGGUGAAAACCCCGUCUCUACUAAAAAUACAAAAAUUAGCUGCGCAUGGUGGUGCACGCCUGUAGUCCCAGCUACUUGGGAGGCUGAGGCAGGAGAAUUGCUUGAACCCAGAAGGCGGAGGUUGCGGUGAGCCGAGAUUGUGCCAUUGCACUCCAGUCUGGGUAACAAAAGUGAAACUCCAUCUGAAAAAAAAAAAUUAAACAUUAUAUAUAAACAUCCUUUUUUUGGGGGGGGGAGAUGGAGUUUUGCUUUUGUUGCCCAGGCUGGAGUUGUGAUCUUGGCUCACUGUAGCCUCCGCCUCCCAAGUUCAAGUGAUUCUGCAUCAGCCUCCCAUGUAGUUGGGAUUACAGGCAUGCGCCACCAUGCCCAGUUAAUUUUUGUAUUUUUAGUAAAGACAGGGUUUCACCAUGUUGGCCAGGCUGGUCUCAAACUUCUGGUGAUCCACCCUCCUUGGCCUCCCAAAGUGCUGGGAUUACAGGUGUGAGCCACCGCGCCCGGCCAACAUCCUAACUUUUUAAAGCAUGAAUAGUUCUAUACCGGUUUUAAAGUCAGUUUUUUUCCACUUGUCAAUAGAGUAUGGACAGUUUUGACAUUAAUGAAAAAUUAUUCCACCUGAAGUGACUACCUUGUACUCCGUGGUACUGCACAUUCCUACUCUCCUAUUUUUUGGAGGUCUAGGUUACCAACCAUCUGUUUUUCAGCAUUUUGUAGCAUAAAUUCAUAGGAGUGGAAUUACUACCAGGUCAAAGAGUAUGUAAACUUCUAAUGUUAUUUUCUGAAACUUUUUCAGUACUGAUGAGAGUAUAAAUUUAGAGUAUCUUUGUGGGGAUAUUUUGGCAGUAUCUUGUGAGAUUAAGAAUGCACAUAUAUCUUGAUCCAGUAAUUCCACUUCUAGGAAUUUAUCCUAUAGGUAUUCUCACCCAUGUGUGAAAUAAUAUAUUUUCAAGGCUAUUAGUGGCAGCACUGUUUUUCAUAAAAAUUAGAAUUAACCAAAAUGCAUCUCUACAGGGAUAGCUACACAAAUUGUGUCACAUUGAUAAAAUAGAUUACUAUGUAUCUGAAAAAAGAAUGAGAAUGCAUACGUAGAAGGAUAACUGAACACUGGUUGCCUUUGGGAAGGGGAAACAAUAACUGGGAAACAGAGGUGGGAGAAUUUUCACUGUAGUCAUUUGUGUCCUUUAUGUUUUGAACCUAAAGAAUGUAUUAUCCACUCAAAAAUAUAUUUGAAACUUCUUAAAUAUCACUGAAACAAAAACAAUAAAAACAGAAUUUUAGGAUCUAAACCUUUCACUCUCCAUAAAAAAACUGACAAAGAGGUAAAGUGAUUUGUCCAUGUACAGAUAGUUAAGUUAUAGGUAACUGUAUUUAUAAAUCUCAAUAAGAAUAAUCCCAGAUCCCAAAAGUUCUCUUUGCCCACCAAGGGUGAGGAUGAUGUGGAGUAACUGGAACUCUGAUAGCCUACUGGUGAGAGUACAAAAUUAUACAACCACUUUAGACAAUGUUACGUUUUGUUUUUCUUUUUAAUUGAUUCAGGGAAGAGUUAACUCUUUGGAAAAUUUUUGACAAUUUCUUAAAAAGUUAAACAUAUGACCUAGCCAUUUCACUUCUAGAUACUUACCCAAGAAUGAAAUCAUAUGUCUACAUAUAGCAGCUUUAUAAAUCACAGCAAAAAUCUGACACAACCCAAAUUUCCAACAAGUGAACAAAUAAGUAAUUUGCACAACCAUACGAUGGAAUAUAACUCACCAACAAAAAGGAAUGAAUUGAUAACAUAAGCCACAAAAUAGAUGAAUCUCAAAAUACAUUUGCUGAGUGAAAGAAGUCAGAUGAAAAGUAAAUACUCUGAUUCCAUGUAUGUAAAAAUAGAAAAUACAAACUAAGGUAUAAUAACAGAAAAUAAAUCAGUGGUUCCCUAGAAACUUGGAGUGGGGUAUGUGGAGGGGGUGGAAUGGAAGGGAAAGAUUAUAAAUGGGCCUGAGGAAAACUUGGGGGUGAUGGAUGUCUUCAUUAUCUUGAUUUUGCUGGUGGUUUCAUAGGUGAAUACAUAUAGGAAUAUUAAUAAAAUUAUGUACUUCUAUAAAGAAAUACCUGCAGCUGGGGGACAAAAAAUUAUGUAAAUUUCUAAAUGUGUGCAGUUUGAACAUUAAAGGAAAAAAACUUCCAAAACACAAACAGCAUAGGAGGCAUGCAAACCCAAGGCCACUGUGGUUGACUGGUACUGAGACUACAAGUCAAGGUUAAUCAAGUUGGUUUUUAGCCUGAUUAAUACAAUAAGAGAUUUCUGCUUUUCUCUACCUAGGUAUGUUAUGGCCCUUUUGUGCUUCCUUCAUUUGACCAGAAAUCAUAAAAUCUUCCCUUUAACAUAGGUCAGGAAGUAGAUAGGCCCAGUAUAUUCUUUUCAGUGUUAAAUAUAAAUGGAAAUCCUAUUUUCCACAAUUUAACCUAAGUUAAUUUAUGUACCCCUUCUCCUUUAAUAUCUAAGCAUUUCUCACAUACCUUUUUGAAACACUGAUGCUAUUAAGUUGAAAAUUUUACUGUAAUUACUGAGGUAGUCAUCACUCUUGGGUAAGACCUUCAUUCGUUGUUAUUAAACUCUUUCAUAUACCUUUACUAUCCCGAUUACUGUGUUACACUUUUAUUAGUCUUUCUCUGAUCCACUCUGUCUCCAGCCUCCGUCUGUUUUCUAUGGUCUCAGGAUUUCCUCCUGCCCUCAUUGCCAGUAGCAAGCCUCGUCUUCUUUUAGCCUUCUCUUGGGGCACUUUCUCAAACCUUUCAUUUCACUUGGCCUCUGAAGGUUCUGCUCAGUUCUACCUUAUUAGUACUAAAGACAUAAAUAAGAGAUAAGGAAAUUGCUGAUGUCAAAACAGAUUGGUCUCAUGUCUAAAGACUGUAGUACUAAAAAUAUAAAUACGAAGGAAAUUGCUGAUGUCAAAACAGACUGGUCUCAUGUCUAAAGACUAAUUGCUGAUGUCUAAAACAGUCCUAAUAAAAGGACUUUACAUGGAGAAA